AGAGAACUGCGCAAAAAAGUAUUGGAAAGAAGAUUCAAUUGAAUUCCAUUAUUCAUAUAAACAAAAUUUGUACACGAACAUUUGCGAGCCGGCUGUGCGAAACGAUUUGCUCGCGUACAAUAUGUAGUGUUUUCAAUUCUUUUGUCAGUGUAUUGAGGCACGUUUUUUUGUAGCGACAACAACAAAUUCAGCGUAAAUUUCUUCCAGUUCGACAAAACGUUUAGUAUUACACGUACCUCUACUUGCCGUCCUACGAAACUGGUUGCUUGGCUUAUAAAUAAUAUCAAUUCCACUCUCCUCCAUUCAUUGUUGAGACGUGGACAAAAGUGGUUCGGAUUUCUUUACUACGAAAAUUUUUUUAAUUAAAAAACGAAUUUCGCUUGAUAAGAGCAUCAACAAAGGGUCAACACGAUGUACGUUGCAGGAGUAGAAGGUGGUGCAACUCACUCGAAAUUGUUGAUGUGCAAUGAAGCAGGCGCAAUUAUCGCCUCCAUCGAAGGUCCAGGCACGAAUCAUUGGAUGUUGGGAAUUCCCGAAUGUGCACGACGGAUAGCCAAAAUGGUUGAUGAUGCCAAAAAAGCUGCUGGAGUUCCGUUGGAUGUUAAAUUGAAGGCACUUGGUUUAAGUUUGAGUGGAUGUGAACAGGAAGCUACAAAUCGUGAAUUGGAAAACGAACUUCGUGUAUCGCAUCCAACCGUUUCGGAGUCUUAUGUCGUUGUCAGUGACACAGUUGGAAGUAUUUUGACUGCCAGCAACUUGGGAGGUCUCGUAUUGAUUUCCGGCACUGGCUCGAACGCCUUUUUGCGAAAUCCAAGCGGUUCUCAGGCACAAAGCGGCGGCUGGGGUCACAUGUUGGGCGAUGAAGGAGCUGCUUGGUGGAUUUCUCAUCGUGCCAUCAAAACUGUCUUCGAUCACGAAGAUAAUUUCGUGCAAUGUCCUUAUCCCUUGGAUCGUGUUUGGUCCUUGAUUCGCAAACAUUUCGACAUUGAGACACGUUUUGAUCUGUUGCCACAUUGCUACGGCGAGAAAUUCGAAAAAUCCUUCUUUGCUGGGCUAUGCAAAAAGUUGGCAGAAGCUGCGGAACAAGGCGACGAACUUUGUAUAAAAAUUUUCGCGGAUGCGGGACAAGCUUUGGGGCGAUUUGUGCUUGCGUUGUUGCCAAAAGUCGAAGCAGAGCUCGUAAGUAGCGGCUCGUUGUGCAUCGUUUGCGUCGGAUCGGUAUGGCUCAGUUGGAAAUUCUUGAAGGGCGGCUUCACAAAAGUGCUGAACUCGACAAAUAUUCCGUUUGAAAUCUCGUUGGUAAAAUUAACGAACAGUAUGGGACUUGGGGCAUGCUAUAUGGCAGCUGAUUCGAUCAAAUUUGAACUGAAACGCGAUUAUUCCAAAAACUACGAAGUUUUUUACACGUACACGAACAAUAAUAACAGCAAAGUUCAAACGAACGGCAAUUGAAUGAUCGAAUUUUGAACAAAUUACUCGUAGAACUUAAUUUUAGUGAAUAAAUAUUUAGUAUGUAAUAAAUGAAAAUAUUCGAAAAUUGUCG